UCCUCUUCGCGAGUUGGCUUACUUACCUAAGCAAUGGAUACCUAUAUCCUUUUCCCCCCUUAUUCCCCAGAUCAUACGACAAUAGCGCGCUGCAGCGCUGCAGCUCCCUAACUCAAGUAGGUAGUCAAGUACCCCGCUGUAACCCCUGUCGUACCUCGGCCAUACUUCGUAAGCUGGUGCUGAUGAUUUGACAUUUCCGCCUCGGCCUGGAGCUGCAUUAUCCAUCUUCAGUUUAAAUGUCAAUAGUUUUUGUGAAACCUGUUUGGGACCAUUUUUAUCUUUUGCAGCAACUGUUUUGAAAGAAUUCCGGGCCAUAGCGUGUUGUCUGAACUAUCUGUCGUGAUGUCUGCUCAAAUCCCUGAUCUAGUCGCCAGUCGCGUCAGCGACAAGGCAAAGAGGCAAUUAGAUAUCGUCGCCAAAUUUGUCGAGGAAGAGUGUAUCCCUGCGGAUCCCGUCUUCGAAGCCCAGAUCGGGCAGGGUGCAUCACGAUGGGAAAACCAUCCAGCUAUCAUAGAUGAGCUAAAGGCAAAAGCAAAGAAACUGGGUCUUUGGAAUAUGUUCUUGCCAAAGGGCCACUAUAAGGAGUCGCCGGGAUACACGAACUUAGAAUACGGUCUGAUGGCCGAGUGGCUGGGCAAAUCUAGGACAGCAUCGGAAGCCACAAACUGUGCCGCCCCUGAUACAGGCAAUAUGGAAGUUCUAGCCAAGUACGGCAACGAUGCCCAGAAGGCAAAGUGGCUCAAGCCCUUGAUGGAUGGAGAAAUUCGAUCCGCCUUCCUCAUGACAGAACCAGAUGUGGCUUCCUCUGAUGCCAAGAAUAUCCAAUUGAGUAUGAGGAAAGAGGGCGAUGAAUAUGUCCUCAACGGAUCAAAAUGGUGGUCUAGUGGCGCAGGUGACCCGCGAUGUAAGGUCUAUAUUGUUAUGGGCAAGUCGGAUCCCGAUAACAAGGAUCCAUACAAGCAACAAUCCGUCAUUAUCGUACCAGCCGGCAUCAAGGGCAUCACCAUUCACCGGAUGUUGAAUGUUUACGGUUAUGAUGAUGCGCCUCAUGGACAUGGACACAUCUCAUUCGACAAUGUCCGAGUGCCUGCCAGCAACCUUGUGCUUGGUGACGGCCGCGGCUUCGAGAUCAUUCAAGGUCGCCUUGGACCUGGUCGAAUUCACCACGCCAUGCGAAGCAUCGGAGCGGCCGAGAGAGCGCUAGAGUGGAUGUUGAUGAGAAUCAACGACCCCAAGAAGACGCCCUUUGGCAAGCAGUUGAGGCAGCAUGGCGUUAUCCUCGAGUGGGUUGCAAAAUCCCGUAUUGAAAUCGAUUCUGCGCGCUUGGUCGUACUAAAUGCGGCGGUGCGGAUGGAUGAUCUCGGCCCGAAGGCCAGUCUCCGGGAGAUUGCGCAGGCGAAAGUGCUCAUUCCCCAGAUGGCUCUGACAGUGAUUGACCGAGCCGUACAAACCUUUGGUGGAGCCGGUGUGAGCCAGGACACACCACUCGCCAAUAUGUGGGCGCAAAUCCGGACUCUCCGGUUAGCGGACGGGCCCGACGAGGUUCAUCUACAGCAAAUGGGUCGCAACGAGAACGCGAGGGGGCAAGAAGUCACGCAGAAGAUUCAAUCCCAGAAGCAAAAGACGGAGCAGCUGCUGAAGCAGUACGGCGUACAACGCUUCCAACCAGGCACAAAAAUCCAGCACAAGUUAUAAUGUACUACAGCACAUAGGUAUCACAGGUCAUAAUAUGGAGUUUAUUGAGGCUUUCGAUAUAAAUUGGCUGAGUGGAUAAGGCUGGGGAAUCUCAAGCCCGUGUAGAAGUAGGCAAUCAAACAGAUGUCAUUGUUACCCAAUGACAAAGUUCGCUCUCUUGUCACGAGUUUAUGUUGUUGUUUAUGGACCCUUGAAAAUUAGGGUAUACUAUGGAUGUCGAUAUACCUAGGUAGGCUCAUGGUGUAGUGUAAGUGACGAAGUUCGCUCUGGA